AUGAAUGAAAUUCUUCCUGGUUUGUGGUUGGGUAAAAGACCUGAUGCCUCCUCAAUUCCCGACCUCUAUUCCAAGAAAAUUAGUGCCAUAUUAACAAUUGACCGCAGACCGCUUCAACCAGAUGUAUUUUCUUCUUUCAAAGUUAUUUAUUUGCCUGCAAAUGACACGCCCUACGACAACUUACUCAAAUAUUUUGAAAAAUCAAUUAAUUUUAUAGAAGAAAAUAUUGCUGGCACUUCCAGGAGCGCAACUAUCGUUAUUGCUUAUGUGAUGUGGAAAUUUAAGAUUCCCUUCAAGAAAGCACAUGACCAAGUUUACAAAUCUCGCUGGGUGUUCCCCAAUGAUGGAUUUAGGAAACAGCUCAAGUGUUUUGAAGAUAUGGGCUACAGUUUCGACACUAAUUCUAAGGUUUACGUUAAGUUCAUUUCUGAAAACGCCUACCUUGAAGCUCCAAUUUACGUUCCUUCCGGUUAUUAUACUUGUAAAAAAUGCAGAAAUCCCGUCUUUCACUCUGAUCAAAUUAUUCUCCACAAAAAAUCAACUAAAGAUAAUUGUUCCGAAGAAAUACCCUGUAACAAUGGCGAACUCUUUACUGAACAUUUAGAUUGGAUGUUUGAAUUCACUAACGAAAUUCAAGGAAAGGUUGUCUAUUGCACCCGAUGCAAAGCCAAGUUAGGAUCAUAUAAUUGGUGUGGUGAGCAUUUAUUUUUUUCACAUUUUUUCUGUUUCUGGAUACAUUGCUCUUGGGGAUAA